UAAAAAAUAUCUAAUCAACAGAUAAUUUUAGAAAGGACGAAAACCAUGUGCAAGACUAGUCGACUUUGAUUUGUUUGUAUGUAUAUAUGUGAGAGAAGCAGAAACCGAACAUCAUAUCACAACCAAAAUAUCUUUCACCCAAAAUAAAAGAGAGAAAAAAAAAACAAUCCAGCUUACUGGUGGAGUGGCCAUGGAUUCGAUCGGUGGAUUUCAUGAAGUGGAAAACGAUGGUGAACUAUCUCUGGUAUAUCAUCACCCCAAAUACCAACCCAUUCCACAAACACAAACCCCAACCUCCCCUUUUGGUGAAACAGCCAUCGAUGACCUUUCUUUUCAACCACUUUUCUUAUGUCCUAUACCACGAUAUUUCAAAGCAUGGUCCGAUUCCAAUUACGAUGAUACUUAUCCGAUCAGUUCUUCCCCGGAAUUCGUCAUCUCUACAACAAGAAUUCAACAGGAAGAUGAUCAUUCAAUACUCCCUUUGUUUUGGUGCAACAAUAAAGACUUCGAUGUUGAUGGUGGUUGCUACGCAUGCAAGGGCUCAAAUUUUGGCACAGAUUAUUAUGUCUGUGUCGAACACCCUUAUGAUAUAAUUUUCCACAAAGAAUGCGUCCAAUCUCCAUCUGAAAUCAAACACCCUUAUCAUCCGGAGCAUUCUCUUCAACUUUCCUAUCGUUCGGCAAGGGCUCCCAAGAUAGAGUGUUUAUGUUGUGGAAGAAUAGCAACAUAUCUGUUAUAUUAUUGUACCAGAUGUGAUGUUGUAAUGCAUACAAUUUGUGCGAUGAAGUCGAUAUCCUUCGUUGUAGACCAACCAAAGAGCCAUGACCAUCCCCUCACUUUAUUUCCCAGACAAGCUUCCUUAACUUGCGACGUUUGUGGUUUACUCAGAAAAAAUCCCACCUACGUUUGUCUUCGAUGCAACUUUGUCGCUCACAACGAUUGUAUGUAUUCUCCACGCAUCAUCAAGAUAUCACGUCACCAUCAUCGCAUCUCCUACACUUCUUCUCUCCAAUCCAGAGAAUGGUCUUGUGGAGUUUGUCGUAAAAGUAUAGAUGGUGAUUAUGGUGCAUAUACUUGUAACAAGUGUGAUGAUUAUGCUGUUCACGUAAGAUGUGCUCUACGAAUAGAUGUGUGGGACGGAGUUGAGCUCGAAGGUGUACCAGAAGAAGAUGAUAUAACCCAAGAUGUCGGGCCGUUCGAGAUAAUAUCUGAAGGAGUGAUACUUCAUUUCCUUCAUGACCACCAUCUUCGGCUUGAGGUUAGCAUACUAUAUGAUGAAAAGAAGAUUUGUCAAGCAUGUGUCCUUCCUAUUUAUGAGGAUAAUCGUUACUGUUGUGUGGAAUGUGACUUCACCAUCCACGAAAUAUGUGCAAAAAAUCGGCGAAGAAUACAACAUGCGUUACAUCCUCAUCCACUUACAUUGAGUGGCGUGAGUAAAUAUGAUACGGAUACCUUCAGGUGCAAUGCUUGUGAUCGUUGUUGUGGUGGCUUUGUCUAUAUGUGUCCGAGAAAGGAAUGCACCUUCGAUCUAGACGUACGAUGUGCUUCAAUUUGUGAACCGUUUAACUUCCAAGGUCAUAAACAUCCAUUGUUCCUAGCUUUAGGCCCAGGAGAAAACCCCAUUUGUCAAGUGUGCACAUCAAAGAGUCUUAUACCAUUAAAUUGCAUCAAAUGCGAUUUUAUUGUAUGUAUGAAGUGUGCGACGUUACCAUAUAAAGCAAAGUAUACGCAUGACAGACACUAUCUCACAAUUUUGUGGGGAGAAGAGGUAUGUAAUAAAGAUUGGUGCGAGGUGUGUGAGCGUAAUUUAGAAGAUACAGGCACUAAGUUUUUCUAUUGGUGCAACGAGUGCUGCACUACUCUUCACAUUGCUUGCUUAUUUGAUGACGAGCCAUAUGUGAAACCUGGUCAAACUUUGAAAUGGAAAGGGAGGCCGCAGGAAGUCAAAGUUCUUGGCAAAAAGAAUCUUUCUCGACCUCUUUGUGAUUCUUGUAAGUACCCUUGUCAGGGCAAAAUAUAUUCGGGAGACGAAGGCAUAGCGUGUUCUAUGAAAUGUGCUAGUGAUUUGUUUAGUUUCCUCUGAAGAUGAGAAUUCAGAUGGGAGAGUUUCCGUCUAAGUCUCAGCUACGAAGCAGAUGAUCUAAACGACGAUCCAAUUCUAUCACCCUCGGCGUCUCCAUUCGGAUAACUUCGAUGUCUUCGUCGUGUUCUUCUCCAUCCGUUGUGGAGGAUCAGGCAGCGUUGAGAUUGGAAUCAUACUGUGGUGGUUGAAUUGAAGGGAAUUGGAGAUGGCGAUGAAGGUGUUAUAGAGAAUGUUGGAUUAGAGAUGAGAGUUGAGAAACGUAGGGAGACUUUGCUACCAGUUUACAUUUAUGAAAGCGGUUGGUUCGGGUCAGCAGUACGACGGUGUAGGCGUUUUAACAAGGCGAAUGCGGUCUGAGAUGUAACACUACAAUGGGUUCAAAUCAAGAAAUAAAUUAGAAAUGGUUUCGUUGUUGAGCAAUUCUCUCUUGAGUCCAUGUUGAUGUCUUUCUUUUCCUACGUAGCAAAAGAGAGCAUACAUUAAACAAUUGUAGAAGAAGAUAUUAGAUAUAACUGGAUCUCUCCAAAUCUAUUUGCAU